CUUGUGUUUUUGUGUUUUCUUUUUCAUUACUGUUUAUUAUGUUUUUAUAUUUUUUCAGUUUAGGGGGUCAACAGUCUAACAGUCAACUUUCUUCUGACAUUUAUUCAUUUCUAUUAUUUUUUUUUUUUUUUUUUUUUAAUUAUUUCAUCUUUUAAAAGUGUAUGAGGUUAUAAUUUAUAGACUUUGAUCAGUCUAUAAUAAACGUAAUUGUUAGCUAAAUAUCAAUUCAAGUAUUUCAACUGUGCUAAAUUUUUAAUAUAGAAUCAAAAUUAGAAUAAUGAACCGUUUAAUGUCAAAGAUUUCCAAUAACGUUAAUCAAAUAUUAUUAAGAAAUUAUGGAACAGCUGGAAAUUUAAUUACUGUAACAAAAAACGAUGCAACAGGUACAAGUGUUUUAUCACUAGGAAGGGCACCCGUUAAUGGUCUAAACCUUGAAUUACUAACGGAAUUAAAUGAUUCCUUAAAAAACAUAGUUAAAAAUGGAAGCAAAGGAGUUAUUAUUACUUCAUCAUUGCCGAAAAUUUUUUCUGGUGGCCUAGAUAUUAUGGAAAUGUAUAAACCAGAUUUGAAAAGAGCUAAACAAUUUUGGGAACAACUACAAGACACUUGGAUUACUCUUUAUGGAUUGAGUGUACCAACUGCUGUUGCGAUUAAUGGAGCAAGCCCAGCUGGAGGCUGUUUGAUGGCGAUGACCUGUGAAUACCGAGUAUUUGUUGAUGGAAAACAUAGUAUUGGAUUGAACGAAACAAAAUUAGGCAUCGUAGCACCUAAUUGGUUCAAAGAUCUUUAUAUUUCAACAAUUGGAUACCGUCGUGCAGAGUUGGCUCUAUUACAAGGCACACAGUUUACUCCAAAAGAAGCGUUAGAAAUUGGAUUGGUCGAUGAAUUAGCUGCUAAUAAAGAAGAAGCCAUUCAGAAAUGUCAAAAGUUUAUUGAUACAUUUGAUCGUAUCCCUGCUGUAGGAAGACAUGCCACUAAAAUUGAUUUGAGAGGUGAAUUAAUUGAAUGGCUGAAGAAAAAUCGAAAUGCCGAUAUCCUUCGUUUUACGAAUUUUAUAUCUCAGCCUGAAGUUCAGAAAGCUUUGCAUCUAUAUAUUGAAGCUUUAAAGAAAAAAAAUUAAU